AUGCAGGCCACAAAAAUGCGCACUCCCUUUGCCAUACAGGAGAUCCUCGGCCUGGGCGUCGGCGUUGGAGCCUAUCAACAACAGCAGCAGCAACAACAACAGCAGCAGCAGCAGCAACAACAAUUACAACAACAGCAAUCAUCACAGGCAGCAGCCGCUGCCACGCCCAGCGCCAAUGAGGCGCCACUAUCACCAGCUGCCACGCCUCCACCGCGCAAUGCAAAUACACCGCAACAAUCGGCGGUAAGCAGCGCCCAAACGGUUCAAGCUGCAACGGGAGCGGCAACUUUGGAUCAACCCUCGCGUGACUCACGCUCAAUAUCGCCGGAUGUGACCAGAUUGUCAGCGGCUGCAGCCGCCGCCGCCGCCGCUGCUGCCGCCCACUGCCAGCUGCCCGUGUUCAAUCCGGCCAACUUCUAUGCAGCCGCCGGUUACGCCGCUGCCGCCGAUCCCGCUAACGCAGCGGCCGCCCAUCAUCAUCACAUGACAACCCUGGCAGCUGCCGCCUAUUUGCGCGGCUUUCUGCCGCCCGGCUUCAGUACGCCGCAUGAAUUCCGCGGACAUUUCCAGCAGCAUUUUGGCGCCCAGUUCGCAGAACAAGCCGCCGCACGUGGUCAGGAGUAUGCGAGCAGCUUGGCCAAUGCCAGCGGCGAUGAGCAGUCGCCGACGAAGGCAACUGGCUCCGCUGCUGGAGCAGGCGGAGUGGGAGGCGCCUCCGCCCUGGUUGCCACACAUUUGAGCUCGCCGACAGCUGGCGCCAGCAAUGGACAAGCUGCCACAAGCGCCGCAAAUGCCGCCAGCAAUGGCAGCAGCAUUCAUAGCAAUGGUUCCGGUUCCGGCUCAGGCUCCGGCUCCGGUUCCGCAACCAGUCGCUGCUCACCCUCAUCCUCAGCCCUGGCCCACAGCGGUCAUCAUGCCGCAUUGGCGGCACAUCAACAUGCCGCUGCCGCUGCGGCUGCUGCACAUCAUCAUGCCGCUGCUGCGGCAGCCGUGCACCACGCCCACCAUGCCCAUGCGGCACACCACGCCCACGUCCAUGGGCAUGGCCAUGGCCAUGGACACGUGCACCAUGGCCAUGAGGCAGCAGCAUUUCUGGGCGCCGGCGCUGGCGCCGCUGCCAAUGCGAAUGGUCUACUUGGCGCCCAUGGCGGCGAUGUGUUGGUCGGACCCGGCGGCACUGGACCCGGUGGCAAGAAGAAGAACAAGCGGCGACAUGGACGCACCAUCUUCACCAGCAGUCAGCUGGAGGAGCUGGAAAAGGCCUUCAAGGAGGCCCAUUAUCCGGAUGUCAGCGCCCGGGAAUUGCUCUCGAUGAAAACAGGACUCGCCGAGGAUCGCAUACAGGUGUGGUACCAGAACCGCCGUGCCAAGUGGCGCAAGACGGAGAAGUGCUGGGGCCACAGCACCAAAAUGGCGGAGUACGGCCUUUACGGUGCGAUGGUACGGCACUCGCUGCCGCUGCCGGAGACGAUCAUCAAGUCGGCGAAGGAGGACGAGUCGGUGGCGCCGUGGCUGCUGGGCAUGCACAAGAAGUCGCUGGAGGCGGCCGAGCUGCUGAAGAGCGACGAGAGCGAUCGGGAGACGCCGACCUCGGAUGACACGAACACCUCGUAUUCGGCGGGCAGCACACACAACUCGCCCAUCUCCAGUUUCUCGAUAUCGCGCCUGUUGUUCGACGCGCCGCCUCCGCCGGCGGCAGGUGGCAAGCAGAGCAAGCAUGCCGCCCACGCCGCUGCCGCCGCCGCCCACGCCCAUGUCCACGCCCACGCGCACGCCCACAUCGCAGCAGCGAACGCGGCGGCCGCCGCAGCAGCCGCUGCCCAUCAUCAUCACGGCGACGCCGCUGCCGCGGCCGCUGCUGCGAUGCACGCUGGCAUUGCGCAGCAGCAUCAUGCGCAUCAUCAUCAUCAUCAUCAUCAUCACGGUGGUCAUCAGGCGACGGCAACGCAGCAGCAUCAGCACCAUCCGUACAACCAGCAGCAGCACUUGCACCACUUGCAACAACUGCAGCAGCAGCAGCAGCAGCAACAACAACAACAGCAGCAGCAGCAACAACAGCAGCAGCAGCAGCAGCAACAACAACUUGCCGAGCAGCGGCAACAGGUGCAACAUGCGAUGCACUUGCACCACCAUGGCAGCACCGCCGGCUAUGCCGAGGCAGCUGUGGCCGCUGCCGCCGCCGCCGCCGCCGUUGCGGCCGCUGCCAACGCACGCAGCGCAGCCGCGGCCGCUGCUGUGGCAGCUGUGUCAGUGGCAGAGUCCGAGCCGGAGGAGGAGGCGGAUGUGGAUGCGGAUGUGGAUGAUGUGGAUGAUGACAUGGAUAUGGAUAAAGAUUGCGAUGGCGUCGAUGCGGAUGUGGAUGCGGAUGCGGAUGCAGAUGCGGAUAUCGAUAACGAUAACGAUGGCGAUAACGAUGCCGAUGGCGAUGGCGAUAUCGAUAUCUGUGACGAUGAGGAUGAGGCGCAGUCGCAGUUGCAUCAGCAGCUGCUGCUCAAGGUCAAGCAGGAGCAGACGGCAGCAGCGGUAGCGGCAGCAGCAGCAGCAGCAAAUGGUGGCGCCACCGAUUGUGGCAGCAGAUGAAACUUGUACGUCGAUGUCUUGUUCUAAGCCAGCCAAAACUGUGGCAAAGCAGACAACGAAACACACACACACACCCAAACACACACACCCAGACACCACACACACACAUAAAUAUUUAUUGAGCGACAGAGACGCAGCAAGGUUAGAGCGAAAGGGAGCGAUGCAACUCGGCAAUGAUUAAUUUCUAAGCAUAAAUCUAAUAAAUUAAUUAAAUAUUUAACAUAAUAAUCUUUUUUUUCAUACACCU